ACGCUCUCUUUAAUUUGUCUGAAGAAGGAAAGGAGAAGCAGAGAGAGAGAGACGACAUUCUCGUCGAUCGUCGGCGGCCGGAGAAGUGAUGGCAAGCGGGUUGAUGCUGGAGGAGACUGAGCUGCGUCUGGGACUGCCGGGCGGCGGCGCCGGAGAAUUAGCGGAGGUGGCGGUGAUCAGGAGCUCCGGGAAGAGAGGCUUCCUGGAGACAAUUGAUCUGAAGCUGAAGCUUCAAACUCCUGUGGAGAGCAAGGAAUCAGAGUCCGCCGAGCAAGGAAACAAGGCCACUGAUCCUCAUGAGAAGCCACCAGCUCCCAAGGCACAGGCGGUGGGUUGGCCUCCGGUUCGAUCGUUCAGGAAGAACAUUCUCAACGUGCAGCAGCAGUCUGAGAGCAAGAACAAGGAAGAACAAAGCGACAAGGCCGCCGCUGCUGCCGCCGCCUUUGUGAAGGUGAGCAUGGACGGGGCUCCUUACCUUCGUAAGGUAGACCUGAAGACCUACAAGAGCUACCAGGAACUCUCCACGGCCUUGCAGAAGAUGUUCUCCUCCUUCGCCACCUCCGGAAAUUAUGGAUCUGAGGAAGGAGUACUAAGAGUGAGGGAUUUCAUGAACGGCGCCGGCAAGGUGACGGCGCUGGUGAUCAAUGGAUCCGAGUAUGUGACGACUUAUGAAGACAAGGACGGCGACUGGAUGCUCGUCGGGGACGUUCCUUGGGAGAUGUUUGUUGACUCCUGCAAACGCUUGCGAGUCAUGAAGGGAUCAGAGGUCGUCGGACUUGCACCGACGGCAAUGGAGAAACGCAAGAACAGAGGCUGAAAAGUGAUGGGCCAUAUUCGACGAUUAACCAGCACAUAAUUAAGCUUCUGGAUUAAAUUAAGUGUACUUGCUGUGCAUUUGUAGUGUGCUUUUCCAUAUAUGUUUUAUGUAUUUGUCUUUGCUUGUAUAAUUCUUGAUACAGAUAUUUUCUUUUAUUUUCUGUCUUUUUUUGUAUGGACAGUAAACAGUGUUGCUCAUCUCGAACAUUGCUAUGUGCC